CAUGCUAAUUGCAUAUCUAUUGAAAUCAUUUCAACUGAUCUUGACCAUAUUACUCAUAGAACUGCCACAAAUCGCCGACUUCGACGAGCAUGGAUCUACACAAACUUUCAUACAACACCAAGUCUUUUCAAUGAUAAACCAUCAAAAUGGAAGCAGUGCGAAUGCGAAGAACUGCCAGAUGAACAAGGUUAUCACGUACGCUGUCGACGCCAGCCAUGGCUCACGAUACCAACAAUAUUACUCGACGAACAAACAGCCAAUAUUUCCAAAAAAGUCAGAAAAGCGAAAAUGAUCGCACUUUCAAUCAUAGAAAGCAGUCUGGUGCUUUUAUCUCAGGAUGUAUUUAAAUGGCAAAAUCUACAAUUGCUUGAUUUCACGCACAACAACAUUGAAAUCAUAAAUGUGAACGCUUUUCGAGGCCUUGAAAAUAUGCUUUAUCAAUUAAUACUUAACCAUAAUAGCUUAUCAGCGAUACCAGUAUGGUCACUGACAUAUCUUUAUCAGCUUCGUUACCUUUAUCUGCAAAAUAAUAUGAUCGUCGAUCUGAAGUCUGACAUGUUCAAUGAAACAUAUCUGAAUAACCUUCAAUAUAUGCACCUCGAUUAUAACAAGAUAACAAUAUUACCAACUCGAUCACUAGCCAGAUUACCUCUAGAAGUAUUCACCAUCUCGAAUAAUCGAAUCAGUGAGAUCGAGAAAUUGGCACUAUCUCCCACAAUAUGGUUUCUUGAUUUGAAAAACAAUGUCUUGCAACAAAUUCCUUACUUAGCGGUACGUGAAUUGAAGUCAUUGCGCAUGUUCGACCUUGAAGGAAACAAUAUCACAGAAGUUAAACCGAACUCUGAAGUGGAAUUUACCACUGAUAUGGAUCUCAUUCUAAGUAACAACAGAAUCAGAAUCCUUGGCGAAAAUUCUUUCAAUAGCUUUCAAAAAUUCAAUAAACUCGAUUUAAGUUACAACCAAAUUUCGACAAUUGCUACGAGUGCAUUCAGUUCUAUAAGUCAAAUGCGACAAAUCGAUCUUAGUUAUAACAAAAUCGUUCAUAUGGCAGCUGGAACAUUAAAUAAUGUUGCCAAAUCUCUUCGUCGGUUAAAUCUCGAAGAAAACCAAUUUCAUACGCUUCCUAUAGCAUUGCAAGCAUUACGAUCAUUGGAAUAUCUCAAUAUGAACGGCAAUAAACUCACCAAGCUAGAUAACAGAACCAUUAAUAACCUGAAACCAGCAAUAAGUGAACUUUUACUGGCCUAUAACCGAUUUAUAGAAAUCCCAAGUGAAGCCUUAGAUGGAAUGAGUAAACUACAACACUUGGACUUAUCAAAAAAUCGCAUAAAGAAUAUCAACAGACUAGCUUUUGGGCGAUUUGAUGGAAGAGGUACGAGCCUUAUCAGGCUAAACUUGGCUGGAAAUCACAUCGAGAAGAUUGAAGACCCCGGCGCAUUUCUUUAUAUGAGUUCACUUGUAUAUCUGGAUCUCUCCUACAAUCGUAUUGUUAAGAUAAGUGAAAACGCAUUUGAACGACUUGAAGGACUCGAAUCAUUAUUUUUACAGAACAACCUUCUCCACUCAUAUCCAAAACGAGCAUUAUCACAUCUUCGACGACUACGUUAUCUCCUACUUGAUAAUAAUCCAAUCAGUUCAUUGCCUGAUUCAGUAUUUCAAGACAAUGAUCAGCUCGAACGAACAAGUUUUAGUCGAACAUUACUUUAUUCGAUAAGUGACCGAACAUUUCCUGCGCCAUCAGUUCCUAAUCUUAAAUCACUUAAUUUUGCCUCAUGCCGUAUUCACCAUAUAGCAUCUCGAGCAUUUUAUGAUAUUCCUAAUCUACAACAAUUAUUACUCAACGAUAAUCAACUAACAACAAUCAAUUCUUGGGCAUUCUCAUCACUAAAAAAUCUUCAACAACUGAAUUUGGCUAGAAAUCAUAUAAAUAUUACAAUGGAAUAUUCCAUAAGUGAUAUGCCUUCACUCGAAUUUCUAUCCCUUUCGCAUAAUCGAAUUCAAUAUCUACCAAAAUCAUUGCUGGUUGGUGUUAAUAAUCUGGAACAUCUCGAUAUAAGCCAUAAUCGACUUAAAAUAUUCAAUUUAAAUUUUAUGGAACAAAAAUUGGCUCGAAUCAAGACUCUUGACUUAUCGCAUAACAAUAUUGUCACAUUUGAUUUAAACGCCAUUAAACAAUCCUUGGUUAAUCUGAACUUAGCCUAUAAUAAUCUACAAUCAAUUGGCAACAAUAUGAUAAAUGAUUUUAAUCAACUUCAAAAUCUUGACCUUAGCAAUAACGAAAUCAUGGAAAUACAAAGCAAUUCAUUUACGGCAUGUCCAAAACUCACAAAACUUAUUAUUACUUACAAUCAUCUUCGAAUAUUGCGAAAAGGAACAUUCGCACAUCAGGAAUUCUAUUCGAUGCUUAAUCUUGCACAUAAUGCUAUUGCCGAGCUCGAUUAUAACACAUUUGGUGACAAUAACGUUCAAUAUCUCGAUCUGUCAAAUAAUGAGUUGAAAUCGAUACCACGACAUGCACUCAAAUCAAUUCAAAGCAGUAUUAGCACAUUAGUUUUGAAGAGAAAUCGAAUAAGAUCACUUGAUUUGAACGAUUUUAGCGGUAUGAAUAAUCUUAGUGAACUUAUUCUAUCAGAUAAUCACAUAGAAAGUAUUGAAGAAGCAGCUUUUGCAUCAAUGCCUAAACUAAGAAAAUUGGAUCUCAGCCACAAUCCUGAACUCAGCCACUCAAUAGAAAUACUGAACUUGGCGGAUACGGGACUUUUCUCGGUGCCUAAAAUAACAAAUCGUGGACUUCGCAAUCUUAAUAUUAGCUUGAAUAAAAUCAAUGAACUAAGCGUGAAGGAAGUAUCCGAUCAUAAAAAGCUGGCUAUUCUUGAUUUAUCGCAUAAUAACCUUAAAAAUUUAGACGUUCAGUUAUUUAAUCGACUUUCUGAAAUCAAAUGUCUUAACAUAAGCUGGAAUCGUGUCGAAGAAAUUACCGAAAAACAUUUCGAAAACCUUUAUUACAUCGAAACCUUGACAAUAACUAAUAUGUUAGUACUUCACACACUUCCUCAACCGCAAGCUUUCCAACAUUUACGCCAUCUUCGUAAUUUGCAUUUGCACGAUUUACCAAUUAUCAAAUUCUACAAUGUAUCCAAAAUUCUUCAUUAUUUACCACCUUUACGAGAAUUAGCAAUCGAGAUAAAAGAAUCAAGUUUAAAUAAUCAGUUGAAAGAUAUCGACUUACGUCUGCUGAGGAAAAUUACUAUAACAGGAAAACAAUUGCGAAAGAUUGAAACAGGAGCGUUUAUUCGAUUACGUGGCUAUAAAAUCGAACUAAUUGUCCGCGAUACCUCUAUUAGAGAAUUCCCUCCAGCUAUAUUUAACACCUUAACUGGUGUUAGUUUCCUGUCGUUAUCAUUAAUAAACAAUUUACUGGAGACAUUUCAGCCUUUUUCUUACACGAAACCUCCCGUCCUUAACCAGCAUGGCACUAUACUACAUGAUCUUCAGUUGAUGGGAAAUCCUAUUGUCUGUGAUUGUCGCCUCAAAUGGUUAAAUCAGUGGUUAGAAUAUCAUCAAGGAAUACAACAGCACCUAACGAUAUCGAAGAAUGGUAUAAAAUGUAUCAACACUAAUAAUCAGUUAUCAAAUACUGCAUUUAAAACAGUUUUGUUAAAUUAUUCGCAAACAAGUUUAAAAUAUUGUUUUAAAACCGAUAAUAAUCAAGCGGACCAUCGUUUCCACGGCUUCAAUUUAUAUUUUAUAAUUUUAACAAUUGUCACCGGUAGAUUUUAA